GCGCAUUACGCACCGGCUCACUUUAGCACUCCUCCUUCUUUUGUUUCUGGGUCCUUCCGUUUGCUCUCUCCCCCUCUUUUAUUCCUCUUGAAACGUACUUCCGGAAUCCUAUCUCGCUUAGGUCAUUCGCUUCCAUAACUUGCAGAUUGGAGCGCCGCACCUCUCUCCCUCGCCAUAGGUUUCGUUGCAAAGUGUUCGUCGAGUCAGGAUCCUGAAAUUCGCGAUUCAGAUCUAAUUUCUUCGGCUUUUCGUGCCGAUUUUGAGAGGUCUAUUAUCUACAAGUGGCUGAUCUAAUUAGUUUUUGCUAAGCAACCAUGCGGAGAUAUGAAGAUGAUCUAGAUGAGUAUGAGGAGUAUGAGGAGGAAGGAGAUGAACGAGAGGAUGGCUAUGAAUAUGAAGAGGAUGGAGCUGGAUAUGAAGAAGCGGAGGAGGGGGAGGAGGAAGAAGAAAAAGAAGAAAGGAAGCCAACACAGGAAGAACUGGAAUAUCUUGAAUUAAGGCAGAGGCUGAAAGACUCUAUUAGAAAGAAGAUGAAGAAGGAGAGCAGUUCUGCUCGCAUGAAUUUGCAAGAGAAAAAAAGAAAACUUCCAUAUGACAAUUACGGAUCCUUCUUCGGCCCAUCUCAGCCUGUUAUCGCACAAAGGGUGAUUCAAGAAAGCAAGUCUUUCUUAGAAAACCAGCAUUUGGAGUCUAGGAUAUUGAAUUCCAAUCGGAGUUUUCUUUGUUUUCUGAUGGAGCUUAGCUUGCGUGCUCAGUUUGUUGAUUGUAUGUUGUGGUCAGGUGCUUUUAAUGGCCAAAUGCAUCAUCCCAGGUCUGGGUCAGGUUCCUUGAAUGGGCAGACAAAUCAUGCUAGAACAGGUUCCAUGAAUGGCCAAGUGCAUUCUAGAUCCAGUUCCGUGAAUGGUCCAGUGCAUUCUAAGCCAUUGAUUUUGAAUUCAGCUUCUUCUAGUAAAUCCAGUUUGAAGCCAACAGAUUCCAGAAAGCAUGUCGGUAGCAACAAUGGAAUUGGUCCUGGCCGGCCUGUGGCAAAAACUUUGCCUCCCAAAACUCCAGUUGUCUCCUUAGAGAGAAAGGCUUCUGUGUCAGGUGCAAAGGAUCCCUUACCCAAUGGGCAGAAGCUACCCUCUUCAAAGAUGCACUCAUCUGAUCCAAGAAAACAUAUGGAACAGAGGAAGGGGGCCAACGAACCAAAUAAGCCUAAAAUAAUUUCAAAACAGUCAGCAGCACCCUCAAAACCUCAGAUGAACAAGCCACUCAGGCAAAUUUCUUCUCAUAAUGACCACCAACCCAAAAAGAAGCCUGUAAAACGUUCUGAGGAUGAAAUAGCUCUUGACAUGAUCAGGAAGAUGUUUAAUUCAAAAAUUGCGAAAAAAGAAGAUGAGGAACAACUACGGCUGAUAGAGGAAGAAGAGCGGCAAGAGCGAAUGAGAAAGUUGGCGAAGAAGCGCAAGCUGAGCCAUCACUAA